AGUGGCCUUCUGCUGAUAGUCGUCCUCUCUGCCGGAGUAAAGUCUUCUCUCAGUGGCAGCUCAAAGGAGGGAAAACAAACCAGGAGUUUGGAGAUACAGAGCAGGGAAGGAGAAAGAAGAAAAGACAGAGCUGCCUUCAAACCGCAUUUUCUCCCCAGGCUGUAUGAGGGUUUUAUACAGUCAUGGCAUCAGCAGCUUCACCAAAAAGGAUGGUGUCCUCUGUCUUCAUCACUCUGUCGUCUCCUCACCAAGCCACUGUGACACAGCAGCAGCCCGUCCUCAAAGCUCACGGCGCCCCGGCCAGAGACAAGCAGCAGAGCGCCGUACGAAUCAGCCCAGCUGACAACAUCCCUGCAGUAAGACAUAAGAAAGAGGACCACUCACAGGCUGAGUCUUAUGGCAGCAAAGACAGCAAAGACCGGACUCCUACGACAGCCCCAGCCCAAGCUUCAGAUCUUCAGAGCCCAAAACCUGGCCCCCAGCCUGGACCAAGCAGAGGAAAGCUGCAAGAACACAGCAGAGAUGCUGCAGAGCUCUUCCCGCCUCCUCCUUCUCCUCCCCCUGCUGCUGCACUGCCUUCACCUCUGGAAACAUCAGUCUCUGAAGAACCAGCACUUCCACCGCCUCCUCCUGCCGAGACGCCCCUCUCCCACCCUCUGACCCCAGGCCAGCAGCCAGUUUACAACAGAGAGGUGGAAACAAGUACACCAUCUAGUGGGUUAAAACAAGAUGAACAAUCCCACGGGAUCCAUAAAAAUGGCCAAGACAUGAGCAGUGAGAGUCGAGACGUUUGUGGCUUCUGUCGGAAACCUGUGACUCUCUCUGAACGUGCAAUAGAGGCCUUAAAGAGGACGUACCACGCCGGUUGUUUCCAGUGUCGAUCUUGUCACAUCCCUCUGGGGGGUAAAGAGUUCUACAACAAGGCAGGAAUCCCACUUUGUGAAGACUGCUACCAGGCCAGUCUGGAGCUCUGCUGGGCGUGUGGCGAGGUUAUCAAAGAUUAUGUGAUCCGUGCACUGGAGCGAGCCUACCAUCGUUCUUGUUUCAUCUGUGCGACAUGUAAACAGCACAUCGGAGGGCAAUUUGCUCAGGGAGAGGUCGGAGAAGUUUAUUGCCUCCAGGACUAUUACAGGAAGUAUGCUCCAAAGUGUGACGUCUGCAACCAGCUAAUCAUCCCAAAAGAAGACGGUACUGACAGCUACAACGUCCAAUGCCUGGGACGCUCGUACCACGAGAACUGCUACAGAUGUGAGGUCUGUGCCAUCAAGCUGUCUACAGAACCAAAUGAGCGCGGCUGCUAUCCUCUGAAUGGGAAGCUGCUCUGCAAGCCUUGCCAUGUGAACCUGGUUUCUGGGCAGCACUAACAUUGACCUCACAGCCUGGGAUUAACUACAGCUGAUGGACAAGUGCCACGGGAACCAGCAACAAAAGACGGAAGACUUUAAUUAAGACUGUGGAAUACAAAUGUCUCAUAUUCUCCAAUAGAAAAAAUAAUGACAAUUUCUUUUUCUUCUUUUUUUACAAUAUAUCAUUCCUCCUUUUCUUCUUUUAUACUUGAUAAUUUUGCACUCAGUAAACUUCAAAAUGCACCAAAUAUAUUUAUGCAAAAGCCUUUACAAACACGUACGGCGAGCCUUAUUUGAGUUUCUGUAAAUUUGAAUCAGUAUACUGUUUCUCAAUCACAUUAACCCUUUAUAUACAAAAAUAAAACUUUAUAUUAGAAAAAAAAUGUUUAUAUAAAAGUAAACUAAUAUAUUUUAUCUUGAGGCAGGCUCCAACAUUACACAUACACCAAGUAUUACAAUGUGAUGAAAGAAUAACAAUUUAAGUCACAAUUGUGUGACUGGUAAAAAAAAAUUUGACUACAAACUUUAGAGAUUUCAUAAAAAGUAGUGUGUAACAGAGCACAAUGCACAUGUUAAACAGAAAUAGACUGCUUUAAUGAUGUGGUUGUAUUCAUAUUUUUAACACUUUUUUUGCCUAAUAGAACUAUUCACAUUGAUUUGAAAUUUACAAUAUUAAAGAGGACAUAUUAUGCUUAUUUUCAUUUGUUUUUUUGAUUUAUACUAGAACAUGUUUACAUGCUUUAAAAUAAAAAAUACUGUAUAUGUCUCUGUCUCUGUCUUAGUGCCCAACCAAAUCUGCUGUGAUUGAUUUGUGAGAAAAAUAUCUUUACUUUUGCAUAAUUCUCCAGUCAAUGGCGGAAAUAUUCAGAUGUUCAAAUGUGUUAAAAUGCUGAAAAAGUGAGUUUUCAUAAUAUGUCCCCUUUAAAGUCUUAUUCAAAUCCCAUCUGAAUUAUUUUUGUUAUUUAUACUCUCAACAUGACAUGUUUGUGGGAUUAUAUUUCUUUGUAUCAGAAUUAAACAUUUAUUAAGACAUUUUCUGGAAAAAGUGAUUUGUAAUUUAUGUUUUUACUAGUCACACUCACACAAUAUUACAAUAGUGGUUUGCCACCAUUUUCUUAUCUGCCUUUUAAAGUGAGAUUAUGACUUUUCUUUCAUGAAUCUAAUUAAAAGCUUAACAGUCUGAUUCAAGCAGUUUAAAAAGAAAACAACUCUGCUGAAAUCACAGUUCCAAACACUGUGGCUGACCUGGACAUAAAUCUGAUAAUGGCAGGCAUAUCUCAACACUCUACAUGUCUGACUAGGACAUUUAUGAUGCACAUUAUUCUCUAUUUUAUAGAUUUAACCGAAAAUGAAUUUAUUGAAAAAAGAGUGAAAUAAUUACAAUAUUGA